AAGGGAGACCGUACCCAACAAGAACAGAUACGCAAGCGUCGACAUAAUCUAUUCAGACGACUUAAAGAAUUUAAUGACAGAUAUGAGAUAGAAAUAUGGCUUACAAUGCGUAUGCCAAGUGGUAGAAUAUAUAUAUUUGCGACGGACCCUGAUGUACCUAUUCCAAGUGAGGAUGAAGUUCGAGCACAGAAAGUUCCAGUUGUCCACAAGACGUCAGCGGACUAUGACUCA